AUGACAAACAAUAAAACACAAUGUUGUAUAUGUAAUAAAGAUAAAAUAACAUAUCUUUGUGAAGGAUGUUUGCAAAACUUUUGUUUAUUGGAUUUAAUAGAACAUAGACAAAUAUUAAUUGAAGAAUUACAUCAUAUUAUUGAUAAUUAUGAUCAAUUUAAACAAAGAAUAGAUGAACAAAAAGAAAAUCCAGAAAGUUUUUCAUUAAUAGAACAAAUUAAUCAAUGGGAAAGAAGUUCAAUUGAAAUAAUAGAACAAAAAGCACGAGAGUGUAGAGAAAUUGUCUUUAAAUCUUCAAAAACAUAUUUGAAUGAUAUAGAAAAGAAAUUGAAUGGUUUAAAUGAACAAAUAAAACAAAUUCAAGAAGAAAAUGAAUUUAAUGAGAUUAAUUUAGACUAUUUAAGGAAUGAAUUAAUAAAAAUUAGACAAGAAUUAAAUAAUCCAUCAAACAUGUCUAUUCAACAAGAGUCCCAACCAUUCAUUAAUGAAAUUUCAGUUAUUUCAUUAGAAAAAAAAUCAAAAUUCAACAAAUGGAAACAAAAUGCCAUCACUGUGGCUGGUGGAAACGGAUUUGGACAGAAACUGAAUCAAUUUAAAUAUCCUUGUGGGAUCUCUAUUGAUGAAAAGAAAAAUAUUGUUAUUGCUGAUUUUGAAAAUCAUCGAAUUCUUGAAUGGAAAUGUAAUGAAGAAGAAGGAGAAAUUAUUGUAGGUGAAAAUGGACAAGAAAAUCGAAUGUAUCAAUUGAAUCAUCCAACAGAUAUAAUUGUUGAUCAACAAAAUCAUUCCAUCAUCAUUGCUGAUUGUUGGAACAGACGAGUGAUUCAAUGGUUAAAUGAAGAUCAACAAAUUCUCAUUGAAGAUAUUGACUGUUUUGCUUUAGCAAUGGAUAAAAAUGGAUUUCUUUAUAUUUCUGAUUAUAAGAAGAAUGAAGUGAGACGAUGGGAAAUUGGAAAAUACAACAACGAAGGAAUUAUAGUGGCAGGUGGAAAUGGACAAGGAAAUCAACUUAAUCAACUCAAUUUACCUGCUUAUAUCUUUGUUGAUGAAGAUCAAUCUGUUUUUAUAUCAGAUAGAAAUAAUAAUCGUGUGAUGAAAUGGAGAAAAGAUGCAAAAGAAGGAAUAGUUGUGGCUGGAGGAAAUGGUCAAGGAAAAGAUCUCAAUCAGUUGUCUUAUCCUCGAGGAGUAAUUGUUGAUGAUUUGGGUCAAAUCUAUGUGGCAGAUUGGGGGAAUCAUCGAAUAAUGCGUUGGUGUGAUGGAGAAGAAGAAGGUGAAAUUGUUGUUGGGGGAAAUGGAAAAGGAAAUCAACCAAAUCAAUUGAAUAAUCCUUAUGGUUUAUCUUUUGAUAACGACGGCAAUCUUUAUAUUGUUGAUGGUUGGAAUCAUCGAAUUCAAAAAUUCGAUAUCGUUUUGUAA